AUGAGCGAAGAGAUCGAAGCCCAUGUGCUUAAAAAGUAUGAAAUCUUGCAGAAACUAGGGAAGGGAGCAUAUGGUAUCGUCUGGAAGGCUAUUGAUAGGAAGACUAGAGAGAUUGUAGCCCUAAAGAAGAACUUUGAUGCCUUCCAGAACGCGACUGAUGCACAAAGAACCUUCAGAGAGAUUCUCUUCCUCCAAGAACUCAGUGGGCAUGAGAAUAUAAUUAGGCUGCUGAACGUUAUUAGAGCCGAAAACGAUCGUGAUAUUUACCUCGUCUUUGAUUAUAUGGAAACAGACCUCCACGCUGUUAUUCGUGCAAGUAUUCUGGAAGAGAUCCAUAAGCAAUAUAUUAUUUAUCAGACUCUCAAGUGCCUUAAGUACAUGCAUUCAGCAGAUGUCCUUCAUAGAGAUUUGAAGCCGUCAAAUAUUUUGCUUAAUGCUGAAUGUCAUAUAAAAGUAGCUGAUUUCGGUCUUGCAAGAUCAAUCGCUUCUACCGAGGGAGAAUCCCAACCGCUUCUGACCGAUUAUGUUGCAACAAGAUGGUAUAGAGCUCCAGAAAUAUUGUUAGGAUCAACAAAAUACACUAAAGGAGUAGAUAUGUGGUCCCUCGGAUGCAUUUUAGCAGAGCUCUUACUCGGGAAACCGUUUUUCCCUGGGACAUCAACUUUGAACCAGUUGGAUAGAAUUAUGGAAAUAACUGGCAGACCGAGCUCUGAAGAUAUAGAGGCUAUUCAAAGUAGUCUUGCCACUACUAUGCUUGACUCCCUUCCUCCAUCAAAGGCUAAAUCGUUGGCUGAGAUCUUUCCUACUGCAAGUGAGGAUGCUCUUGACUUAAUGGAUAAGCUUCUCCAGUUCAAUCCUGAAAAACGUUUAUCAGCGGAGGAAGCUUUGAAGCAUCCAUAUGUUGCUCAAUUCCAAAACGAUGAUGAUGAGCCGGUGUGUAAGAAGACAAUUAAUAUUACCAUGGAUGAUAACCACAAGUUUUCGAUCAGGGAGUACAGGGAGAAGCUCUACUCUGACAUUCAUAAGAGAAAGAAGGAGCUUAGGAAGAAGAUCCUCCAGAGCCACCACAGUUACUUUAGUAAAUACAAGUAG